AGUCAGAAUAAAGGUUUGGGGUAUUUCACUGCUGCUCCAGCUUCUGGUGUGAUCAUAUGGUGUCUGCUGCAUCUGGAGACUCUCUGCUUCAAUCCAACCACUGCAAUAGGCCCAUCAGUAUGAUGCACAGGACAUGGAAUCAAACUUACUCUGAAUGAAGAAGUUCAUAUUUGUCCUGUUUUCACCUUUUUUCUGAACUUCUUUACGGCCAGGAGAGCUGCGGAGUGCAGAGCACGAGUUAUUAGAGAGUCAGCAACACUGUAAGGGAAGUCAUGGUCCCCUCCAUGCACUGGCUCCUGCUGCUGUGGGGACUUCAGGGUCUGUUAGCACAGGACUAUGAAGAAGACUAUGAAGACCCAGUGGUGACCACAAAGAAGAAGAACAAAGUAUAUUCUUCAAACUCCAUACCUCAAAAUGGCAAAUCGCUUAUCGAUGAGGACUGCAGUUUGGAGAUAGCUUUUCUUAUUGAUAGCUCAGAGAGUGCCAAGGACAACCAUGCCCAGGAAAAGCGCUUUGCCUCAGACUUGAUGGACCGACUGCAGGGCCUGCGGCUGCAGUCUGGGCGGGGGGUCAGCUCCCGCGCAGCCCUCCUUCAGUACAGCAGCCAUGUCAUCAUAGAGCAGACCUUCAAGCAGUGGCAAGGCACAGAAGACUUUAAGGCCCGGAUUGCUCCGAUUGUGUACAUCGGCCAUGGCACCUACACCACCUACGCCAUCACCAACUUGACCCGCAUCUACUUGGAAGAGUCAGACAGUAGCAGCACAAAGGUGGCCAUUCUGCUCUUUGAUGGCAUCUCGCACCCGAGAAACCCAGACAUAUUUUCAGCUGUGGCUGACGCCAAGAACCAGGGUGUCCGUUUCUUUGCCAUAGGAAUCACACCUCAAGCCAAUGAGCCCGCCAAUAAAGCACAGCUGCAGCUAAUUGCUAACUCCCCAGCUUCCCGCUACCUUCACAACCUGCAGGACAGAAACAUCGUGGAAAAAAUUAUCAAAGAAAUUACAGCUGUGGCUGAUGAUGGGUGUCCUCCGGCCCAGAGCAAGUGCAUGUGUGAGAGGGGUGAGAGGGGACCCAGUGGACCUCCUGGCAAAAAGGGCCGUCCUGGAGAGGAUGGAAACCCCGGGCCGAAAGGACAAAAGGGUGAGAGUGGGCUCGGUGGACUUCCAGGUCGGGUUGGAGCAGAGGGAAAACCAGGAUACAAAGGGGAGAAGGGAGAGAGGGGCGAGUGUGGCACACCUGGAGUUAAGGGAGACAGAGGUCCUGAAGGACCAGUUGGCACAAGAGGAAAUCGUGGAAUUCAGGGCCUGCCUGGUCCGCCUGGUGAUACUGGACCUGAAGGUGUGAUGGGGAAAAAAGGGGAAAGGGGACUUCCUGGGCCACCUGGAAUCCAGGGGGAACAAGGGAUCGGCCUUCCGGGACCCAAGGGUGAUGUCGGUUUCCAGGGGCAACCAGGGCCUCCGGGUCCUCUAGGAAUUGGUGAGCCUGGACCACCGGGACCUCAAGGACCACAGGGAGUCCAAGGAGAGAGAGGGCCAAUAGGAGAAGGUGUCCCUGGACCAAAGGGAGAACGAGGCUUGGAGGGGCCGCGGGGGCCUAGAGGACAACCGGGCGCCGGAAUCAAAGGAAACAAGGGGGAUUUUGGCCCACCAGGUCUUCCCGGGCCCGUCGGUCUCCCAGGAGUGGGCAUACAGGGUGAGAAGGGCAUAGAGGGUCCUAGGGGGCCACCAGGGAGCAGAGGUCAACCAGGAGAGGGCAUGCCUGGACCCAAGGGAGACCAAGGGUUGCCAGGCGAGGUUGGCGCUCCAGGGGAAAGAGGGACUGGUGACCCUGGAGCUAAGGGUGAACCAGGAUCAUCAGGAAUGCCAGGUUUGCCAGGGCUUCCAGGGGAGGAUGGAGCCCCGGGACAGAAGGGUGAGCCUGGAACUACUGGCAUAAGGGGGCCAGAUGGGGCUCCUGGAAUUGGCACCCAGGGUGAAAAGGGUGACCAAGGCCAAAGAGGAAUCAGGGGCUUGACUGGUCCACCAGGCAUUGCUGGACCCUCAGGACCAAAGGGAGAACCAGGGGCGCAAGGCAGGGUGGGUUUGCCUGGUCCUCCUGGACGCUUCAUCACUGGACCCAAGGGCGAUCCCGGCCCAAACGGUCCUCCUGGCCCAGUUGGGGAGACUGGCUAUGGACUUCCUGGUCCUAAGGGUGACCGAGGAGACCCAGGCCCUCCAGGUCCAUUUGGUCCCAAAGGAGACGGCUAUCCUGGCCCCAUGGGUCCUCCUGGCCUGCCUGGACUUCCCGGAGAACCUGGGCCCGAAGGAGUGGGUAUUCCCGGACCAAAGGGAGAUAUUGGAUUUCGAGGGUUGCCUGGUUUACCAGGGCCUCCAGGUGAAGGUCUCCAAGGACCGCCGGGUAACCCUGGGAGACCUGGUCCAUCUGGGCCAACAGGUCCACAAGGGCAAGGAGUUCAAGGGCCAAAGGGUGAACAGGGGGCCCAGGGUGUAGUAGGACCAAGAGGAAUACCUGGAGAAGGCUUUCCUGGAGCUAAAGGUGACCGAGGCUUGACAGGGGACAGGGGACUGAAGGGGAUCAAAGGAGAUAUGGGAGAUCCUGGAACUCCAGGGCAACCUGGCCGAGCAGGUGUCAAAGGUGAAGCAGGCCUCACUAGAGAAGACAUCAUUCGAUUGAUCAAAGAGAUCUGUGGAUGUGGGAUCAAGUGUAAGGAGAGGCCUAUGGAGCUGGUGUUUGUCAUUGACAGUUCAGAGAGUGUGGGGCCGGAGAACUUUGAAAUCAUCAAGGACUUUGUAAAUGCAUUAGUGGACCGGGUAACGGUGGGCCGCAACGCCACCAGGAUUGGCCUGGUCCUCUACAGCCUGGAGGUGAGAACUGUGUUCAACUUGGCCCGCUAUGUCACCAAACAGGAUGUCAAGCAGGCCAUCAGAAGCAUCCCAUAUAUGGGAGAGGGCACCUACACUGGUACAGCUAUCCGCAAGGCUACACAGGAGGUCUUUUAUACUUCACGUUUGGGAGUAAGCAAAGUGGCCAUUGUGAUUACUGAUGGGCAGACCGACAAGCGAGAGUCAGUGAAGCUGGAUAUAGCUGUGCGAGAAGCACAUGCUGCCAAUAUCGAGAUGUUUGCUCUGGGGAUUGUGAACACCUCCGACCCGACACAGACUGAGUUCCUGAAAGAGCUGAAUCUAAUCGCCUCCGAUCCAGACACAGAGCACAUGUUCCUCAUUGAUGACUUCAACACCCUGCCGGCCCUGGAAUCCAAGUUGGUCAGUCAGUUCUGUGAAGAUGAGAAUGGAGCCUUGAUAUAUAACAGAAUAACUAAUGGCUACAAUGGCUAUGGAAAUAAUGGCUACAAUGGCAACAAGAAUAUCAUUAACGGGAAGUAUGCCACUGGCGGCUUUGGGUACAGGCCUGUGACCCAGCCGGAAAUACAGAAUGGACGACAGACUGGCAUCAAUACUGGCACCAGCACACAAAGCCAUGGAGGACAAGGAGAGACCACCCAGCAUGGCAGCAAAGGGUCCAGCACAGUACAUGGAGGAGGCGUGCAGCAUGUGUUCCCAGGAACUACAAACUGGGGAAGGGAGCGUGGGGACACAUUUACCCAAAACACCUCCGACAGAAAUCAUCUCGCUCCUACCAGGGAACACUCUUCCAGUAGUCAAGGCUCCUCUUCGUCUUCAUCAUCUUCAUCCACAAACAUAGCGACAGCAUCCUCAGGUGUUUCUGUACAGUAUGUACCUGUACCAAGGCCAGCUCUUCCCAAAGAGACCGUUCCCUUGGACCCCCGCUGCGGCUUGAUUCUGGACCAAGGCACGUGCAGGGACUACAGCAUCCGCUGGUACUAUGACAAACAGGCGAAUGCAUGCGCCCAGUUCUGGUAUGGAGGCUGCAAUGGCAACAAGAACCGCUUUGACACGGAGGAGGAGUGCAAGAGGACAUGUGUGGAAGCCAGAUCCACCGGUACACUCUCAUGAUUCAUGUGGCUGAGUAAGGGCAUCUGUCACACAUCUGCCUACACUUCAAGGAGGGGCAGCUAUGACCUGCUAUUUUUCACAGGGUUAUGUGAAGUUUUUGCAUAAUUCACAGGCAUAUACAUGUACACUGAUGUUCUGUAUCACCUCCACAUUUCAGCUCCUGUCUUUGUGCCCCCUCCUCCAGGACCUCUUGUAAUUACAGUGGAAAAAAAGAAAGAAAAAAAGAACGUAGCGUGGAUAGAAAACAGGAGAUCCUCCGUCUCUUCUCAGGAAUACAGAUGAGCACUGGCUCAUAGUGUGUUAGAGAUCCUGAAGAACUGACACACUCUCAGAUCAUUUUUUCAUACAUAGCCUGAGUGCUGCAAAUGUAGUGAAAAGAUGGACUAAUGCCCCCAGUGCCUCCUGACUUACCAUGUGUUUCAUUCCUUACUCAAUCACUCUGAGGUCUACAAGUGCAUAUUCACAAUAGAGAUGAAGCUUGUCAUCAUUUAUAUCAAUCAAAUAUAUUUUUUUCUUUUUAUAUAUAUGAACAAUGACUUUGUGGAAUCAUUUUCAGCAUUUGAAUGUGUUUUUUUUUUUCUUAGAAUUACUGAAUGAAAAAUGUGAUGUUUACACUGUUUCACUUCAUAAGCAGUAAUACUAAUGGAGAUACAUGCACACACUGCCCACACACUGCCCUCUACUGGGUAACCAGUGUUGAUGUCACUGCCGGUGCUACAGUUCAGCCAGACCUGAUGUCUGCUGUAUGAGCAGAAAUCAGCUAUACUGACUGCAUUCAUGCAUACUGUACUGUGUGCUACAUGGCCAGCAUUUAAUGCCAAACAUUUUUUAAUAAAUCUGCUCUAAAAUAAUAUGUGAAAAAGCCUUGUUGUAUAAAUAUGAUUUGGGGUAUAGGGGGUAGGAUAUUGCAAUUUUAAUAGUACCUAAAAUAAAGCUGACAUUUAUUCUUUCCAUAUUUUUGUAUUUUAUUUAACCCUUUCUUCUUAAAUGAAUUAUAUUAAAAGAGGCCAAACUGCCUGUGUACAAAAGCUCCACCUGGGCUUUUGAUGAUGUAGAGGAGCAACAAGAAUCAAAAGUUAGCAUCACACUAUGCACUGAGUGUUUCUCCUUCAUUCACCUCUUUUCACUCUCUUUCACCACCCUGCAUUUAAUCAGUAUUAAUCUCUUACUCUCCUCCACAGUGUGUCUUUUGUCCUGUCUCACCCAUAUCACCCCCAACCGGUAGCAGCAGAUGACUGCCCCUCCCUGAGCCUGGUUCUGCUGGAGGUUUCUUCCUGUUAAAAGGG